AUUUUGGUAAUCGACAUUCGCCGAGUCGCCACGCUUUGGGCAAAUAAAUUUCAUCAACCGCACAACAGCAGACACGCCCGCCGAAUUUUUUCUGCUUAGGAACAGACGCGAAAAGUUGUCUGCCGCUUAGAUUAUCAAUUCGUCAAUUUGAAACUCGCGCUGCGCCGGCAGCACCAACACCGCUAACAUGGGGUCCGGAGACCUGAACAUGAAAAAGAGCUGGCAUCCCCAGCGAUCGGGGAACAUCGCCGCAACACAAAAGGCUGAACAGGAAGCGCUAGCUGAGCGCAAGAAACUACAACAGCGUCUCCAGGAGAUCGAGGAGGAACGGAAGAGGGAGGAGAUUCAGAAGGCGCUCGAAGCCGCCGGUGGAAAGCCAAGGCUUCAAAGAGUGGAAUGGAUGUAUGCCGGGCCAACAGAUGGCCAAGCCGGCGAUGUAGCGGAAAAUGAAGCAUACCUGCUCGGAAAACGCCGAAUCGACAAGCUCUUGCAGGACAACGACAUCAAAAAGCUGCAAAAACAGCCAAGCCAGGACGCAUUCCAGGGGGCGCCUGUCGCCGCCGUCACCAAUCCCCGGGAUAUAGCGGCGAAGAUUAGAGAGGAUCCAUUACUCGCGAUUAAGCGUCAGGAACAGCAAGCAUACGAGGCGAUGAUGAACGAUCCGAUCAAGAGGCGGCAGCUGUUGGCAUCCAUGGGCAUUGACGACGCGCAGGAUAAAGCGAAGCGCAGGGAAGAGAAAGAGAGACGACACAAACACCGCCAUUCCCACCGAUCACACCGCCAUCACGAUGACCGAGACGACGAGAGACAUUCUCGUCGGCGCAGGUCCGAUUCUAGGGAUAGGUCGAGGAGUCCCAGGAGGUACGAUUCAGAGGAGGAAGAUAGGAGGAGACGGAGGGAUUCCCGCGAGCGUAGGCGAGAUAGGCCGGCUUCUAUGGAUUCUCGGGACAGAAGAGAUCGGCGAGAUAGGCGAGAAGAUCGGGGCCGAAGAAGCAGUAGGGAGAGACGGGAUGGGGGGGACAGAAGGGAGGACGGCCGAGAUCGGUAUAGGAGCGACUCUCGGUCAGCUUCCCCACCACCGCGGAGGAGGGAAUACUCUCCAGAUCGCGACGAGCGGAGACGGAGAGAUCGGUCGGUGGAGCGCUCCGGGUCGUCUCGAAGACAUGAAGAGGACGUCGCCAGCUAUCGCGAUGGCGGCGCUUACACCUCGCGCAGACGACAUGACGACCGUCGCGAUCGCUACCCACUAAGACAAGACAGAGAUUCUCGUGAAGACGCCGACACAGAUAGAGAAAAGGCCAAAGAGGAGGAACGCGCCCGCAAGCUGGCGGCGAUGCAAGCGGCCGCGACACACCUUGACAAGGACCGUGAGCGCCGGCUAGCCCUUAUAGCGGAGCAGGAGCGGGCGGCAGAAGAGGCGGAAGAAAAGGCGCGGCAGCGUAACAAGCGGUACGGUGGCGACGCUGGGUUCAUGAACCAGCUUCAUAGCCGGGCGGCCGAGCUCAAGGUUGCGGACCGCGUGGGGAGGCGGUAGGGCUUGGGAGAUUUGAAGCUGGCCCGGGUAGGCCGGAUAAUACGCUAGCCGUCACUCAGAUGGGGGAAUACGAGUUAAUACAUACGAACUGUGAUACCCCGCAACUCUUGGUGGCUUUCGUGUAUUUUGAACCAAAACGCUUGCCUCAUGCGCACCACCAAUACUCGCCUUUUGCUUGCUGAAAGGCCCUAAGAGAAGGAAGUAGUGUACGCAGAUACGCCAUGCCGAGAAGGGGCCAACUUGUGGAGCUUCCUUA